AUGAACACAAUCGCACCCCCUCCACCCCCUCCCCAAGGCUUCAAGAAGCUCCCACCCCGCCAACGCGCCUUUGGCCUCGUCCUCGGCGUCGUCGGCGGCGGCAUCUUCAACCUCACCCUCGGCUACGCCGCCUUCUCCUACUGGACACGCAACACGACAUUCGUGCCCUACGACACAUCCGCGCCCGACUUCUCGACGCCGACCUUCCGAAAGCACAAUCCCGCGUCGAACCCGCCGCUGUGCAUAGACCAUGCCGUGCGCACGGUACCGCUGGCGCAAUUGAAGACGCGGGAUCAGAAGCAACUGACGACGGAUUUCUGCAGGGGGGUAUGGGGGGGUAUGGGGUAUGCGUACCAGAGACGGUACCUGGAGAAGAAGUAUCGGGGGUUGGAGGGGAGGGAGAGCCAUUUGUGGGAUAGGAAGGAUUUGCUGAGGAGUGACUAUGAGGUCGGGACCAAGAUUACGGAUCAUUUCGAGGUGCUGGAGCAUUCGCCUGAGAAGGUGAUUGUGCGAUGCGGUGAUAGUCCGCUGAAUACUGAGCAUAGACCUAGCGACGGACUUUUCUCGAUGGAGGUGACGACGGAUGAGAAGGCGGAGACGGCGACGUUUCAUCUUAAGAGCGUGUUUGUGGAUACGACGCCAGACGGGAAGAAUGCGCAGCCGAUGCCAGGGUUGGUACAGUUCGCGCAUCGAUUAUACACGAAGCUUUGGAUGGAGACGGCAAUCAGAAAUGUGAUGAAGUAG